AUGGCUGUAAUGAAGUCUGCAAAUGAUCUUGACAACAUGAAGAACGACAUUUCUGAUUCAGAGAUGCAUGUUAUUGUAGAAGAAUUUGAGGCGCAAAGUGUUGAUGUUGAUUGUGGGAACGAUGACAUUGAGUUUGUUUGGGAAAGAGAAAUAACUUCACCAUUUAAGGCCACGCGCAACGUGCUUUUUAAUUGUAACAUGAAAAUUUAUUUGCAAAAUAUUCCAAGAAAGGUUGUCGAGGGGUGUGUUACAAGGUCUACAGGUACGGAAGUGAAUAUCAUUGAUGUUGAUAAUGGAAAUUGGUAUGGAAAUGAAUUACACAGUGCAAAGCGAAACAAAGAUGAAAUGUUUGUAGGCAAAGGGUGGUAUGAAUUUGCGAAAGAAAAAAAACUCAAGAAAGGUGAUGUGUUGGGCUUUACGUUUGAUCCAUCAAAAGGUUUCUUGUAUGAGGAGAAUAAAAAUAACUGA